UUUCCAUAUAAUACUUUAUAAUUUUCGAUCUCAUGAUUCGAUUAGAAAUCGAAUUAUUAAGCGAAUGCUUAUCGCAGAUACUUUCCGCUACAGUAAUCCUUCUGUUCACAUCGAUUCUCAUGUUGCUCUGUGCCAACAAUAAAAAGGAUCCUUCGCCCCCACCACCACCAGACUCGCUUUCAGAGACUUCAAAGGUCCAAAAUGUCCAGGAAACACCACCAAAACCUGCAGCACCAUCACAAAUGUCGAUUGAUGAAUCCAACUCGAAGAAUAAAAAACUGCCGUCUGCUGAUAAAUCUGUGGAAGAAAUUAAGAAACCGAUUUCGCAUAAGAAGAAAAAGUCGCUGAUCAAGGUGUUGAGUAAGAAGAAGGAAAGGUCGAAGAAAAAGGAGAAGGACAAGAAACCUGACGAAAAAGUGGAAAAAGAAGUGAAGAAGGAAGACAAACCGGAUAACAAUGAACCUCUUAUAAAGAAUCUGAAAAUUGCGAAGAAAGAGCAAGAAGAGGAAAAUCCGAAGACGGACUUGGAAUCGCAUGACGAUGAAGUUGAAACCAAGAAGAAAGAAUCAAGACGGCAAAAGAAGAAAAAAUCAAAGGAGGGAAGUAUGGAGAAGGUAGAAGUCUGAAAGUGCCUACUGAUUACUCUUUUUCACAUUUUCCUUUGCAAAUAAAGUUAAUUGGUAUG